CUCAGUGGAUGAAGUGACUUCCGGUAGACAGGGUACCAGCAGUAAACAUGGCGGAGGAGCUGCUGGAAACAGUGGACAGACUCCAGUCCCGGCUCCAGGAGAAUCCGGAGCCUCGAAAGCUUGUAAAGACCCUCAAAAGACUGGGAGAACUUCCAAUGACGGUGGAUAUUCUUGUGGAAACUGGAGUUGGAAAGGCUGUGAAUUCUUUUAGGAAACAUGAAAUUGUGGGAGAAAUUGCUAAAAGCCUUGUAGCCAAAUGGAAGAAACUGGUUCCUCAGUCCACGGACAGACCCAACAGUCACACCAAAGAGGCAUCGCGGUCACAAACACACUCUCAAGGACUCGAGGUAAGCAGAGGAAGCAGUCACAAACGUCAUCGUGAGCCUUCACCCGAGGACGAGCCUUUGUAUGAGGAAGAAGAGGAGGAAGAAGAGAGGAGAUACCACACUAACUACUCCCCCUCCCCUCCUCAACAUGAGCAUUACAGCCCCUCACAGGGAGGAGGAUACCAGUCUGAGGAGUACGAGAGUCCGGAGCCCAGCCCUCCUCCUCCUCCUCCACCUCCCCGAAAAGAAGCUCACCAUGCUAAACCUAACAAAGACCCCCGGAAAAACCAUCACCACGGAAACCAUAGUGAACGAAGCAGGGACAGGGACAGGGAUGAGGCGCAGCGGCAAUCUCAGAAUAGUGACAGAGGAGGAAGAGGAGCUGGGAAGGAUGGGAGUGAAGUAAAGAAACAGAAUGCAGACAGAGCACGGCAGCAGAGUCCAGUACAAAAAGCUGCCAAACACAGUAGAAAAUCCAACACGCAUGACGUCAAAAGGGAAGACAAGAAGAAAGGAGAUGAUGGGCGACCACGGGCCGUGAAGGAUUCGCCAACCAAAGAGGAUGAAGAUUACUUUGAGGCUCCCACCAUGUCCUUUGAGUCCUUCCUCACUUACGACGCACCAACAUCUGUCAAAAAGAAAAAGAAACCAUUGUCGUCGUCAUCGUCACACAGUCGGCCGUCUCACUCUUCCUCAUCAACGUCAUCCUCCCAUCAUACCCGACCCACUCCACCUGCAGCCUCCUCAUCCACCUCUUCAUCCUCCUCUUCUUCCAAAGCGAAUAAAGCGAAUGGGACCAAGAGGCCUCAUUCGGGCUCCAGUUCAGCUUCAGCACCAGCCCCCGAAAAACGCAAGAGACAGGUGGUUGAGGCAGUUCCGAUCCUUCCUGAAAUUCCUCUACCAGUCAUUCAGCCCAAUUACAGACCCCUGCCCUCCAUUGACGUUACGCCGCUGUCUCCUCAGAGACGGAAAGUUCCUGUCUGCAACGAUGAGGAGGAUGCUGGCUUCACAGGGAAACGGUUCAACUCCAAAAUGGUGGUUUACUCAGGAUCAAAAACUGCCUACUUACCCAAGAUGAUGACUCUGUAUGAGCAGUGCAUCCGUGUCCUGCAGAACAACAUAGAUUCCAUUGCUGAGGUGGGAGGCGUGCCCUUUGAGAUUCUUGAACCAGUUUUGGAGCGUUGUACACCGGAGCAGCUGUACCGCAUCGAGCAGAGCAACCAGUGGUUCACAGAGGAAUCUGAUGAGCUGUGGAUGCGCCAUUGCCAGCGGGACUUUAAGCGAGAGUCUCCUCAAGAGUACGAGUCGUGGAGGGAGAUGUAUCUGAGGCUGCACGACGAGCGCGAGGAGCGUCUGAAGAUGCUGACUCAGAACAUCACAUCUGCACAUGCCAACAAACCCAAAGGGCGGCAGGUCAAGAUGGCAUAUGUGAAUUCUGUUGCUAAGCCUCCACGUGAUGUCCGCCGCCGGCAGGAGAAGUUCGGUACCACUAGCGGUUUAUCUACCGCUGCCUCUCAGGCAGCUGCCGCUCCCAUCAAAAUAAGGCCAGUUAACCCAGAUUACUCUGAAUCCAGCCGCUCCUCUUCUUCCUCCCAAAACCCUUCUACCAGUUCAUCCCGCCCCCCAGCACCAAGUGGAGGAGCAGCAGCAGCAGCAGCAGCAGCACGGGACAAGCCACAGGUCAAAAGUGAAAAUCGCCCCUAUGAUGGCCAAAACUAUCAAAGCAUUCAAGAACAGAUUCUCCCGCCGAUAGUGUGAAAGAGACUAAAUGAAUUUUAUGAAUUCCAACAACUGUGUUUUUAAUUUAUUCUGUUUUACUGGAGACCCCUGACUUCUGCACACACAGAAAAUCAGUACUUUUGUUCACUGACAACAGAUGUGAGCCACUUGGUGGAAAUGGAUUUCGUUCUGUUUAAUUUAAAUGGUGACAGCGGUUUUGAGGAAAGCAUCGAAGUAUUAAAAUCAUUAUAAAAGGAUCCAACAUCCAAUCUGGCAACUGAUGUUCACAUGAGCCAAAAGAAACAUUCAUACCACAAACACAUAGUAUUUUACUUUUAUUUUCCAGCACAGUAUCUCUUCAUCUUCUGUGAUGAGGGACUUCGUUUUAAUAUUUUACUCAUUGGUUAUUUUUCAUUAUAACCAGAUGAUACACUACAAAUGUUGCACACACUUCUGUUAUCUUUUAUUUACACACAUGAUACACGUCUGAUGCAACACCCAGACUCCAACUGAGAGGUCAUCCGGCCAGUCAACGACUUUUGAAAAACAUGGGUACAUUUUAGAUUUUGGGGCAUAAACAAGCUCAUGGAACUACAUGAACACAGUGUAGACUUUAUCUUUAAACUUUUCUGUGCUUCAGAAAAUGUUUUUCUGUUGUUGAAUGUGUGUGUGUGCCCCUGUUAUAUUUGCUUCACUGUGACAAAAAGCUUGAGUGAGGUCAGAUGAAAAUCCAAGAAGAGAGGAAGGACAAGAAAACAGUCACGUAGAUUCAUUCUACAAUGAAAUGAGAUGUAUUUAUUUUCACUGGGACCUGGCACCCCACAACUUGGGCCCUAAAUGGAGUAGGUCAAAAAAUGUAAUUUUAUUAGAUUUUAACAAAUGUUAUAUGGUAAUUUUUAUUAAAAUUGACUUUUUGCCCUGAAA